AUGCUUAGAUCCCUGCUGCAGCAAAAGGAAGGCGGCCGACAGCAGCAGGGCUCUAGAAGCAGCAGCAGCAGCAGCAGCAGCAGCACAGCAGCAGCAGCAGCACCACAGCAACAGCUGCAGCAGCAACAGCAACAGCAACAGCAGCAACAACAGCAGCAGCGACAGCAACAGCUGCAGCAGCAACAGCAGCAACCGCCGCAACAGAAGCAGCAACAGCAGAAACAGAAACAGCAGCAGCAGCAGCAACAGCAGCAGCAGCAACAACAGCAGCAACAGCAGCAGCAGCAGCAGCAGCAGACAAUGCAGCAGCUGCGUCGUAUACGCGACCAAGUGGAGGCAGCAGCAAGACACAAGCAACGCUCUGAUACAAGCUCAGCAGCAGCAGCAGCUGCUGCAGCAGCAGCAGCAGCAGCAGAAGCAGCAGUAGCUGCAGCAGUAGCUGCAGCAGUAGCUGCAGCAGCUGCAGCAGCAGUAGUAGCUGCAGCAGCAGCAGUAGCAGCAGCAGCAGCAGCAGCAGUAGCUGCAGCGGCAGCAGCUGCAGCAGCAGUGGUAGUAGGAGUAGUAGCAGCAGCAACAGCAGCAGCUGCAGCAGCAGAAUUUGUUGCUGCUGACCAUGAUGAUGAUCCUGCAGCAGCAGCAGCAGCAGCAGCAGCAGCAGCAGCUGCUGCUGCUGCUGCUGCUGCUGCUGCUACAUUCUGA